AUGGAGUACGACCCCUCGGUUCUUCCUGCGUUCCCCGCUGACCCGGCUAGUCGCGUAUCUACACCAGAUCGAAAAUUGCUGUUCGUGGACGGAGACACUAUCAAGGAUGAACGCAGAUUGCUGACUGGAGAGGAGCACGAGAUAAAGCUUGGGAGAUACGACUAUAUGCUCCGGAUCAAGUGGCAGCCUACCGUGCUCAGCUUCUCCUUUACGUCCAAGGAACUCAAGGCGAAAGAUCCGUUGGCACAGGUGCGCUCCCUAGUUGAGGACCUGGAUAUCAAGACGGUCGUCCCGUAUGUUGUCGAUCAAACCACACAUGUUGUGCAAAACAAGCGGAACACUGCCAAAGGUCUACAGGCACUGGUGAAUGGAAAACACAUUGUGCAGGAUUCGUACAUCGAUGCCUUGGUAUACGCGGCGACCCCGAGUGACCUGGAGAACCUUGAAUCCCUGUCCCCGCUGGAGGCCGAUUUUGACUCUGCAUGGCCGGAUGCCUUGGCACAUCUCCCGCCGCCUGGCAAGGAGACCACACAGAGACCCAAGGAGGCAUUUGCUCCGAAUCCCGCCCGGAUCAACGUGUUUGAAGACCUUACAUUCAUAUUCACUGAUCCUGCGCAAUUUGGCAACCUGCAGGAUGCCAUUGCGAACGGCCAUGGAAAGGCUUUACUUUACGAGGGCGAGCAGGGCGUUACUAAGGCUGAGGAGAUUGUGGAGUUCAUGAGGAACACGGCGGGUGACAAAGGCCUUGGGAGUCAGCGGGACGACUCCGGCGGCGUGGUGCUCGUUCGAUACCGGGCCGGUGGACGCCAUGAGGACUGGUGGAUUGACCUGAGCAACGAGGUUGCUGUGAUGACCGGCCAGCGUGUCAUCGAACAGAACGAGUUCCUCGAUGCGAUCCUGGGGAAUGAUGCUUCUCCUUUGUGUCGAUCUCUGCCCGAGUCCAGUGCACGUCAAGAUACCGGUCCGUCUACUGCACAAUCCCAACCGGCUUCCACCGCCAACGAUGCCCAAAUAGUCGGAGACUCGCAGCCUGCCGAGGAACUAACUCGGCAACAGACGAAGAAAUCGAAGCCAAGAGUUCGAGGGUUUGUCAGUAAAAUGAAAACAUUCGACGACGGCUUCGACAUAAAUUCUAUACCUGCUCAUGCUCCCGAUGCAAGCAUUGCGGACUCACCCCCAUUGAUGGAAAUUGAGCCCUUAACCCCACAACAGUCACAGGCACAAAGUAGUCUCCAAGAGGAGGAAGAUAUGGUCUCUAGCCUACUACCCGGUGCCCGAGCAAUGAAACGUCAACGAGCCCAGACAAUGCAGAGAGGUGCCGAAGAAUCGGUUCCGGAAACUAAACAAGAGCCCGUACCGCGGGCGAAACGCCAGAAACUGGACGUACUAGAGGCAGCACGGCAGCAUCGUGAGGAGGAAGACGCCCAGCGCCAGCGCCUGGCGGAAGAAGCGACCCUGCAAAACUCGCUCCAGGAUGUCAAUGUGGAGAAACUGAAAGGCCUCGCAAUCGUAGAGGAGAUGGAAGUAAAGCCGAGGACCAUUGAUGAAGACGACCGUCGGUGGGACGAUAGGUGGAAUGGACGCAAGAACUUCAAGAAGUUCCGAAGAAAAGGGGACCCUAGCCAACCUCGCUACCGCAUGCAGACGGUGAUUGUUCCGCUGGAGGAGGUGACGCGAAAGGCCUUUGGCAUUGGGGACCAUUACUGGGCCAGCAGUCGCAAGUCCAGGGAGCACAGUCCCGCCGACAGUCCAGCGGAACGGGAAGUCAGUCAGGGCGAACCUGCGGCGGCAUCCCGCUCGCAGUCCUCGGCCCGCGUGGAGUCGGAGACGCCAGCGCCCAGCAGCCAGACUAGAAACCCGCCGAGACGCGAGAAACGGGGGCGAGAAGAGCGGGACUCAGACAGCGACGAAGAGCUUCGGUUCCGGUUCCGUCGCAAGCGAUGA